AUGUCAUUUUCAAGCUUAUAUGCCACCCUUACACUCAGCAUACAGAAUGCCAGAUCGCUGGUGCACAGCGCUAGCUACACUUUAAACAAAAGGGAAGAUGCAGAGAGAGAUGGACAGUACCUGCUGGGGAUAAAAAGGAUCAGAAGACUUUACUGUAAUGUGGGCAUCGGCUUUCAUAUUCAGGUCCUACCAAACGGGAAGAUAACAGGAGUGCACAAUGAAAACAAAUACAGGACCCUUGAUGGGAAUACAGGUGGCUACAGAGAUGAGUGCAAAUUCAAGGAGAAUCUCCUGGCCAACAAUUACAAUGUCUACGAAUCAGCCGCCCAUCCUGGAAUGUAUAUCGCUCUCAGCAAGAUUGGGAAAACCAAAAGAGGCAACCGCGUGACACCCACAAUGACUAUGACACAUUUCCUUCCAAGGACAUAGUUGUUUUUUAACAAACCUCAAUGGCAGAGGACAUGCCAAAGAACUGUGUGGUUCCUGCUUGAGGUUCUCUACAAUCCAUAAUAUACAAGGACA